AUGUUCAUGAAAACUGCUCGAAAUAUUAAAAAUAUUUCUAAAGUCAACGAUAAUGAGUACAGUGUAGAAUCAGAGACAAAUUCAAAUACUUUUUACACUGUCAGAGCCGAUUUAGCUGUUUGCGACUGUGAUGCUGGAAAAUGUGGAAGAUUUUGCAAGCACCUAUGUAGCAUUGAGCAAAAAUUUGGUGUUAUAUUUCCGAAUUCUCCUCGGCUGUCUAUUCAUGAUAGAAUAUCACUAGCAAGAAUUGCGAUGGGGGAUGAGAUAAAUGAAAAUUUUUAUAUGAAUAUGGAGCUGAGAUUGGAUCAAACAUCAAACAAUGAUUUGGACUCGAUAGUACCACAGUGCUCGUCCUCCAACACACAAGAGCUGACACAGGAUGCGGACAAUUCUUCGUCAUACUCACAACAGGUUGCAGUAGAAUUUCCGCACCAGUAUAAUAAUGCACUUGCUGAAUUUAAGUUGAAGUAA